UUUUGAGGGUUGGUUUAUUGGCUGUUGGUGAGAAAAAUGAAUUGGUUGCUAAACUUCUUUAUUUUUGACGCGAUCUUUACUGCCGCGGCUAGUUUGGACGAAGGAAUCGUAAAUUGGAUUCAUUCAUUCGGUUCCCUGAACCAGCACGUCGAAACCAUGCACGGUUUAAAUCGUCCGUGGUUUAAAGAUGUACAUUCAAGACGAAAAAGAAGCCUGAUGAACUUUCACAAUGUCAUACAAUGCGCACAACCGUGGGCAAACAAUGUGCUGUCGACUUACGGAGACUACGGGUGCUACUGUGGUUAUUCGGGUGAAGGGCGACCUUUGGACGACACGGAUCAGUGCUGUUACUUGCACGACAGGUGUUAUGAUGAAGCCGAGACCAUUACGAAGACGUUUUCAGAGCGUACAGGAGGCAGUUAUUUUGCGGACUACAGCUACGAGUGUAAGGAAAACAGACCGAUAUGCAUCGAAAAUGAAAACACUGUGUAUACACAGGCAAUUUGCAACUGUGAUCGUAUAGCAUCGGAAUGUUUCUUAGCGGCAAGGAGAACAUAUAAUCGCGGAAUGUUCAAUUUAAAUACAAAUAAAUACUGUACUGAAAACGCCGAUCUAAGCGAUCUACGCUUCAACGUUCAUUUAUUAUCCAAGCUGUACACAUGUCCCAUGGAGUUAAACCAAGACCGCUGCUGUGUGGACAAAGGUUACAACUCUGCUUACGAAACAUGCUGCGAUGGAAGAGUGAGGAAAAAGCCAGAAAACGCAAGGGAUAUUGCUUGCUGCGGUCGCCGUGUGUACGACACGGAACGAAAAUCCUGCUGUGCUGGACGGCUCCAUCGCAACCUGCCACACAAACAAUGUUGUUAUAAUGGAGUGGUGGUGGACACGAGGAGACAACAUUGCCCCGCGUUAAAUACAAGCUCAAAUGCCACAGUUUAUUAGAACUCGUAAAAAAAGUGUUUUAAUUGUGUCUUUAAUAUUGUUUAUAAAUUAUUGUUCGUUUUCAUUGGGUGUAACAAACUGUUUCUUUUUAGGGAAGUUGUCGCCACUAUUAAAAGCUUGAUGUUAUUUUGCCACCAUGAUGUGCUUGUUAGUUGUGAAUCUGUAAAUCAAAUGUCCCUAAAUCUAUCGAGAAUGCUAGCUAUGUUCUUGUUCAAGAUGGUUCUUGUUGUAAAAAUACCAUUAGUAUCAAAUUUACGUAUAUGCAAAGCCUUCUGCUCGUUUAAAUUAGGUUGAUGUUUAAAACCGUGCCUGACUUAACGCUACAGUUGUUGCUGAUCAUUUAUAUUGAUUUGAAUUAUUUAUUUGAUAAACGUUGCUUCAGGUUGAUGUACAGUUUACCUUGUAUAAAUUUCAGUUAUUUUUUUCGCGUCGUUGUCUUAAUUAAUCAAUCUGUAUCUCGUGUUUACAGA